AUGACGGCCUGGCCCCAAACCGUGCUGGACAUUCUCACGGCCGAUUAUUGGAAUGCCAAAGAUGGCGAUAACAAAAUCCUUUUUCGCAAAGAGGGUACCGGAGAAUUAUGGCAUUAUAUCGAGCAAACACCCUUCACAGCCGAAUUCAACUGGCGAGCUCUAGACCCGACAUGUCUCGAUGAAAAAUCGAUCAAACGGAGAAAAGGAGUGUCAAAGCUCACGAUUGAGAUUAAAAUUAAGAAUAACAAUGAAUUGGAAGAAUUCGUAUCGUCGGAUCACGGUGCCGGUCGGAUAUUGAACGAGCGUCAGCUGCAUGACGUAGCGUUUGCUUCAAAGACCUUUAUUGUUCAUCUCGGAAAAGCCAUAUCAAAGAAAAGAUGGGACAGCGGCCACAAUUUAUACACCUAUCGCGUCCUUUUCGAUAAAUCGCCCUAUCCACCUACGGACGAAUGGAAAGAGCCCGGGUUUGGACGCAAAUGUUGGGAGAAGCGCGAAUUCAUGAGUAUCAAGGCCAAACCCGGGUAUUCCGGGAUAUGGAUGAGCACUAGAUAUCAUCUCAGAUUUUUCUACGUUGGAGACCAGGCAGGAGAUGAAUUGGGCUCGGCUGUUCCUCGGAACUCUCGCCCCUUACAUAAUUAUGCCUGCGUUUAA